AUGUUAUCUGCUUCAAGAAGAUGGCUUAAGCGGAAUAGGACUCCAUUAGCUGUGGGUAUUGGAGUUGUCGGUGCUGGUUAUGUUGUCACACAAUAUGUCUUGGGGAAAAUAUCCGAUGUGAGGGAGCGCAUGAGUUCAGAUCGCAUCGCAAGAGAAAACUUACGGAGGCGAUUUGAACAAAAUCAAGAGGAUUGCACCUUCACUGUCCUCGCCUUACUUCCCACUGCGACAGAUAAUAUACUUGCGGAAUUGGAAACUGAGAGAAUAACUUUUGAGCUGCAGCAACAGAAAGCAGCUAAGCUAGCUAGAAAUGGGGAGCCACACCCUUCAGAGUUGGGAUCUGGGCCGCCGAGUGUGACUGAUGUCGACGAUGGCAAGAGCAUGAUAAGCUCACAGAGUGAAAGUGGAAUUCAUGCUAGUCAGAUGGGCGUUCCAUCCCAAGCGGUAGUAGGAGACGGACCCCAAGAUGGUGGGCAGCAAGUUCAGAAAGCCCGGAAAACCAAGAUGCAACUCUGGAAUGAUCUUAAGAUUAGUGCCAUCACCCGAUCAUUUACGCUCAUCUACACCUUGGCCUUGCUGACUUUGCUUACUCGCAUACAACUAAAUCUCCUUGGGCGAAGGAGUUAUCUUUCCAGCGUGGUGUCGUUGGCUUCGGGGGGGAUGGAACAAUCUACCAUUAGCUUGGAAAAUCAUGACGACGAUAAUUCUGACCAGGCCUAUGGUAACGACUUCGAAACAAAUAGGCAAUAUUUGACGUUUAGCUGGUGGUUGUUACAUCGUGGAUGGAAGCAGGUGAUGUUGAAAGUAGAAGAGGCAGUGAAAGAGGUAUUUGGUGCGCUAAGUAUCAGAGACGAUAUUACUAUGGAAAGGUUCUCCGAAUUGACUUUGGAGGUCCGAAAGCGAGUGGAAGGCGCCACGGAAGCGGAGCGGAACGCUGGAGGAUGGCUAGAAUAUGUGCUCCCCCCAAAGGAUCAGGAGGACUUCGUGUUGAAGGAGUCUGGUAUGGCCUCCGAUAGAUCAACUUCUGAAAUCGCUCCUCUUCGCCGCCUUAUCGACGAGACCUCAGACUUGGUCGACUCGCCGCCUUUUUCUCACGUCUUGACAUUGUUGCUAGACGCUGGCUAUUCAACGCUAGUUGACCAGAAAGUAGCUCAGCAGGCAUUUAAAAUGCCACCAGUCCCCGAAAUUUCAGAUAUUGAUGGGCCACGGAUCACGGAGGUAGUUGAUACCAAAGUCAAACUACCAAUUGUUUUAGCCAUUCUGACGCGACAAGCGCACUCGAUUGGAAAUGGUGUGCCAAAUGAGUAUCUCCAAGCGAUGGAACAAGUCCGUGAUUUAGAGGGAUUCGCAGCGGUCGUGUACUCGUCAAAUUGGGAGAGCGAGAUCCGCCCACCCGAGGAAGAGGUGCCUGGAACAGAAUCCCUAUUAGGGAAGGGCAAAGCCGCAGAAACGAUAUCAUCACUGCAAGAAAGUGUAGUAAACAUCGAUCCAAUUGGUGCUUUGGAAAGCGCAUGGGGGAAUGCUAUGGAGACAGUUGAAAAAACCAGAGCACCGUAA